AUGGUGCUCGAAAAAUUUUCUACUUUGGGUCGUGAUACUACCCAUGGUGAACUAUUAGGUCUUAAUCGAAUCCUAACACGAGACGCUGAGAAUGUCAAGGCUGUUCUUGCUACCAAUUUCAAGGACUAUUCACUUGGCCACCGUUAUGACGGCAUGUAUCCAUUGCUUGGUGACGGUAUUUUCACUCUCAGUGGUGAGGGUUGGAAACAUUCUCGGGCCCUGUUGCGUCCUCAAUUCUCCCGUCAACAGGUGUCGCAGCUCAAAUCGCUCAACACUCAUGUCAACCAACUUCUUAGCAAUUUCAAGCGUGAUAGUGCUAAAGAUCAUGGCCGUGGGGUUGGCUAUUUCGAUUCUCAAAUCCUCUUCCAUGACUUGACUCUUGAUACUGCCACCGAAUUUUUGUUCGGUGAAAGUGUUGAUGCUUUGGCCAACGGUAACCGUGAAGUUCAAGGUCCAGAAAUCAAGGUCACUGCCAAACAAUUCGCUACAUGUUUCAAUGCUAGUUUAAGAACUAUUUUAUUACGUCUGCAGGCCGCCAAGUUCUCAUAUCUUAUCAACCCCAAACACUUUCAAGAGGAAGUCAAGAUCUGUCACAACUUUGUCGACUAUUUCGUGUACCGCACUCUGGCUGAGACCGAAAAUGAAAAAGAUUCAGAAGAAGAUGACGAAAAGUCGUCGUACAUCUUCAUCAAGGAACUUGCUAAACAUACCAGAGAUCCCAAGGUUAUUCGUGAUCAAUCGUUCAACAUUCUUCUUGCUGGUAGAGAUACCACUGCUUCACUACUUUCAUUCUGUACUUUCCUUCUUUCGCGAGACAAGCGUGUCUGGGAGAAACUCAGAAAAGAGGUUUUGGAUAAUUUUGGCACCGAUACUGAACAAAUCACUUUUGAGAGUCUCAAGCGAUCUACUUACCUCAACAACGUUAUUAAUGAGGUUUUGAGAAUGUAUCCUAUUGUUCCAUUCAACGCCCGUACUGCCAUUAGAGACACUAUUCUCCCCCGAGGUGGUGGCCCUGACGAGUCGGGUCCUGUGUUUGUUAAAAAGGGAACUCCCGUUGCAUACAGUACAUAUGCUAUGCACCACAAUCCCAGAUACUGGGGUGAAGAUCAUGCCGAGUUCCGUCCUGAGAGAUGGGAAGAGAACCAGCUACACAUGUGGGACUACCUUCCCUUUAACGGCGGACCCCGAAUCUGUCUUGGCCAACAGUUUGCUCUUACUGAAACCUCGUUCACUCUGGUGAGAAUCGUUCAGACCUUCAGAGACAUCGAGCCUCUACCGACCGCUCCAAAAACCUACAAAGACCUCCAGGGAUUGGUGAGCUUAACUGCCUCUGUUCACGACGGAGUCUGGGUCAAAUUUAUUGAGUAG